AUGGUGUUCGUCCGGAACUUGCCGUACGAUUGCGACGACGACGCGCUGGAGGCGACGUUCGGGGAGCACUUCGGCCCGAUCAAGGAGUGCUGGGUGGCGCGCGAGAAGGGUUCGACGACGCACCGCGGGUUCGGAUACGUCAAGUUUGCCAUCGCCGACGACGCGCGAGAGGCGUGCGAGAAGUCGGGAAAGGUUGAGAUGGGAGGACGUAAAUUGGCCAUCGUCGUGGCGAAGCGGAAAGAGGAGGGGGGGUCGGGAAAGAGAUCGAAGACGCCGGCGGAGGCGAGCGGAGGCGAGCGCGCGGAGGCGGAGGCGGAGGCGGAGGCGGAGAAGAAGAAACGGGAACGGAAGAGCGCGGACGCUGUGAAGAGGGAACGCGUGAAACGAAGCGCGGGGAGCGGUGCGAUGGCGACGAACGCGGCGGUGCGCACGGUGGUGCUGGGCGGGGUGAGACUCGGCGGCGAGAUCGAAGGCGUGGACGCGGAGGCGGCAAAGGAACUCGCGCGCGCGUGUGGGGAGGUGGAGACGAUCACGGAGCCGUGUCCGGACGACGUGAUGAAGUUAGCGAAGAUUCGUGAGGAUGGGUGCAAGCGCGGGGCGAUGUUGGUGGUGUACAAGGAUGAGGAAACGGCGCGAGAAGCCGUUCGGGCGUUGCACGGGAAAUCGCCGAAGGCAAAGUCGCAUCGGAGACGGAAGAGUAAAGACACGGACGCGAAAGACGCAGACGAGCCUAAAGAGUACAUUUGGGCGCGUGCGCUCGGAGGUGAAGGUUCGAAGCCGAAGCAAUGGCGCGUCAUCGUUCGUAACUUGUCGUUCAAAGCGACGAAGGAAUCGAUUCGAGAAGCGCUGAGCGCCGCGGGCUUUGUUUGGGACAUCAACGUGCCGACAGAUUUCCAUGACAAGCCCAAAGGCUUCGCAUUCGUGACGUAUACGUGUAAAUCCGACGCGGACAAAGCGGUGAGCGAUUGCAAUGGGGUGGAAAUCGCGGGUAGGCAAGUCGCCGUGGACAUUGCGUUGGGGAAGUCCAAGUACCAAGCAGAGCAAAACGCGGCGGCAAAGACCGCGCCGGAGGUUGCUGAGGAUGAACCGAAGACAAAUGUUAGCCAGGACGACGAUGAUAGAGGCGACGAUAGAUCUAGCUCAUCUUCGAGUGACGACGAGGACGAAGAAACUCAGGAGAAGAAUAUGAUGUCUCGACUACUCGGCAAGGUCAUCGCGGAAGCUGAGCCGGCGAGACCUGAGCGAAAACCGAUCGCAGCAAAGAAACAAGUAGCACCGGAUGUCAAAGCGUCGAAUAGCAAGGACGGUCAGGAUCCCGCGUGGCAAGGACGCAAGGGCGUCGAUGCGGAUUCAGGCGAGACGCCAGAAAACGUCACCGUAUUCGUGCGGAAUUUACCUCUCGAGGCGACGUGGCAACAGCUGAAGGAAAAGAUGAUGAAAUUCGGUAAAGUAACGAGCUGCAGAGUCGUGAAGGAUAAGACCACGGGCAAGCACACUGGAAACGCGUUCGUUGAUUUCACCAAUGCGAAUUCUGCAAACGCCGCCGUUGAGGCGGGCGAAAGCGAAAGCGCCGGUAUUUUCGUCGCAGGACGACCGAUCACCGUCGCCCUCGCGCUUUCCAAGGCAGAAGCCGCUGACAUGAUGGCUCGACAGGGUGCGAAAUAUCGCAACGCGAACAAACACCGUGAUAAUAGAAAUCUGUACUUGGCGCAGGAGGGCGACAUUCACGAAGCGUCCGCAGCCGCUGACGGCGUGAGCAAGAGCGAUAUCGACAAGCGUCGACGAUCGAACGAGGAGCGCCAGCUCAAGUUGAAGAAUCCAAACUUUUUCAUCUCGAGAACGCGUCUGUCGGUGCGGAAUAUUCCGCCGGAAAUCGACUCAAAGACGUUGAAAAAGAUGUUCAUCGAAGCCGUGCAACAACGCGCGACGCAAGCCGUACCGAAGGUGUUGCACGCCAAGCUUCUGUACGAUAAUGAGAAGAUGGAUGAAAACGGCAAGCCUAGGAGUAAAGGUAUGGGAUUCAUCGAGUUCACAGAGCACGAGCACGCGCUCACGGCGUUGCGAGCGUUGAACAAUAAUCCGAACGCGUUCUCUCGCGCUCGGCGCCCGAUCGUCGAGUUCUCCAUAGAAGACGCGCGAGCCGUGCGUAAGCUCGAACUCAAGGCGAAGCAGCGCGAGGGACAACAGAAAAGGGCCGCGAGUAAAGACGAGGACAAGCCUCGAGGCGCGGAGCAAGCGGCCAAACGCGUGGCCAAGAAGGAGAAAGCCGCGGGCGUCGCUCCAAAGCGGCCGCGCGACGACGCCAAUCGGGCCCCAAAGCCCACAUCCCGCGCCGACGCCGACGGUGACGCUAAACCGCGCGACAAACGCGGUACGAAACAGCAGCCCUCGAAACCCAGCGGAGGUGCGCCGAAGAUGCUUCAGCGCGCCGCCGAGGCUAAGCGCGAAGACCGAAACGACGCGCGCCGCAAACGCGAGCGCGAGCCCGAAUCCGUCAAGCCAAAGAAGAAGCCCCACGGCGCGGACAAGCGCGAUCGCACUGACGACCUCAUCGAUCGAUAUUUCUCCGCGGACGCCAAGAAAGGCGGCGGAGGUCUCAAGGAUUGGCUUUAA